AUGCGAGAGCAAAAGUUUUUCGCGAACCUCAAGAAGUGUAUAUUCACAGCAAACGAAGCACCACUUCUUGGCUGCAUCGUGGGUGAAAACGGUGUACGCCCUGAUCCAGAAAAGAUCAAGGCGAUUAGCGACUGGCCUGUACCAGUAGACGUCAAGGGACAUCAAAGGUUCCUUGGCUUGGCGGCGUACUUGCACAAGUACUCGCACAAUUACGCCGAGAUUACCGUGCAUCUAUCGCGUCUGCUAAAGAAAACGAGAGGUGGCCAUGGAGCGCUGAGUGUCAGCAUUCCUUUACAGGUAUCAAGAAAAGCUUGA